UUACUGCAAGUGCCGUUUACGGGGCAUUUAAUUCUGCAGAAAUGGGUGUGCGUUUAGAACCAAACAAUUGUCCAAGGAUAAACCGAAACUUAAAGAGUCUUUAUUAAUUUUUUCAAUCGCCUGAGAUUAAAUUUAAAGUGUCGGACCUUAAGUUAACUUGUUGACGGAAAAGUCUUUCAUCCCAAGAACCACUUUGUCAGCGCGGUCAGUAUGACGAAUGGCGGGUAUGUCCCAUUCUUUAAUCGGCGGACGACAGACAUGAUUUUUUGUAUGUUUUGGAUCCUGUUUACUUUCCUAGGCCCUGUUAAAGGUGAGACAGCAUGCCAGAUGGCCAUGACACAGUAUUCUUUACCUGGAGCAUCCCUUUGUUACAGUACAUCAGGAACUGGAAAUAGAGUUGUACUGAACGCCUUCGAUGCACAUCACUCCUCCGUAUCAGUUUGUAAAUGUACUGUUACUACGACACACAGUACAAAAGUCAACUUUGCACCAUUAAAUCAACUACAACCCACUUCACAGUUCUGUUCCAGCAGUAUUGUUGUCAGAACUUCUACGGAGUCCGGAAUUUCUAUGAAUUGUUUUAUUGGUGGAGGUCUCAGCAUAACUCCUCAAGAAACAAUGUCAUUCUCCUUUGAAAAACCACCCUAUUCAUACGAUGCCAACUAUUGUAUAAUGUUAUCGCCAGACAACGCAGACGCAACACUUAGUUUGAACUGUGAGGGAGACAUUCCCGGCAUGUCGUCAUCAACUUCUACAACACAAAGCACAACAACUACGACCUUACCGAGGACAACAACCACAACAACAACACAGAGCACAACAUCAACAACUACUGCCAGACCUACAACGACAACAUUAGCUACAACAACAACAACAUUAGCUCCAACAACAACUACAGCGACUACAUCAUCAACCUCGACAACAAAACCAACGUCAACGACAACGAAACCAACGUCAACGACAACAAAACCAACGUCAACUUCAACAGUAACAACAACAAGUAGUACAACCACAUCUCCACAAGUAUCAACACAAUCUACGACCACACAGAAACAGACUACAGCAGAGAAAACAACACAGUCCACAACUAAGCGUACAUCUGGUUUAACAACGACGAAAGAAGCUAAUACAGGAGAGUCAGUUGCCUCGACUUCUGAAUGGAGUUACAUUAUUCCGGUGAUCGGAGCUGGUGUAAUCGUUGUUGUUGCCAUAAUUUUAGCAAUCUGUUACAGCCAAAGGAAAAAACGCAAUAACACGUAUACUCAUGGGAAUGAUUCAUAUGCAUUUAAAAACAAAGCAAAUUCACCAUACUCUCCUGACUAUUAUGCUGGCCCAGGAAUGACCAGUAAAAUCUCAACGUCCACUAAAUCGACGGAAAUAAACACGAUCGUGAUUGAUGACGUCAGAGAUAAUGUGUCUGUAUCAACCAAUCUAAGUGAAGGAACUUAUAUACGUCAUAAUGUACGACAACCAAUCAACAAUGAUGCUCCAAUGUACGCCAUGGUUGAUAAAUCUGCAAAAGAAAACAUACCAGUCACUGACGUAUUGUAUUCUCAGGUAGAUAAAUCAGCAAACCAGAUUAAUCAGCCAUUAUCGUCAGAUGCCGUGUAUUCACAAGUAGAUAAAUCAGCAAACCAGAACCUUCAAACCACAGAGGCAGACGUAGUGUAUUGAGUAAAUGGUGGAACAAUUUGUUUGUCUUUUCUUUGAAGCAAGUGAAGUUGAUGUUUUAUUUUGAACCAGGCCAUUAAGUGUUCAUGCAACCAUUAA